AAUGGAAUGGUGGGCGGAGUUAAAGUUGAAUGACAGGUAGAGAGAGUCGGUUGGAAAAUGACAGUUGAAAGGAGAGAGAUUUGACUGUGAGAUUCUGAGGGAAAGGGGGAACGAGAUGAGAGGCCUAAUUGAAGUAUACGUAGCAGAGUUAGGAUAGCUGUUCUUAAAGAACAAGCGCAACAACUUUGUUUGGGUCUGAGGAGAGAAAUUAAAGAAUGCUGUGUAACAAAGCACCCAGGUCAAAAGAGUCUUGUAAGGAUGCAGCUAUGGAUCUUGACUCAAUAGACUACUGGAGGAUAAAGGAGGUGUUGGAGAUGACACGUCUGGAAGUGGAACACAAGAAGAAAAUGAAAGAGAGUCAGAAAGAAUUGGAAUUAAUGAUGGACAAUAAAAGAAACCAGAGAGAGAUGGAGCACCAGAAACAGAUAGAACGGGAGCAGAGGAAGAAGUAUGAAUUAGCAAUGUUUAGAAGGGAAAUAAAGGAGAAACAGGUUGCCAGAGAAUAUGAGGAGGUAGGACCUGUGCAGAGAGUGUCCCAAGCAGGCCUUGCAUUGAAUGUUCCAAAGGUAGAGCAUUUUAUCUUGGAGGAACAAAGAUUGCCUGAGAGCCAAUUUAUACCAGAAGUGGCUCAGGUGGGAGAUGCCACUAGUAGUCCAAAUAGGCCACUUGAGGCCUGCAUUUUGCCCACUGGUGGAGGGGAUGAGCCUGUCUUCCUGGAAUUGGCUGAUAAGGCCAAGAUGCCCAAAGCCAUAGGGGGGAAGCCAGCUCAAGAGUUGGAGCGCAUUCAAGAAGAUGUAGAACGUCUGAAAGAAGAGCUUACAGUAGCCAAUGCUGCAAAGGUAGAGCUACAGUUAAAGCUGGAUGAUCUACAGAGAUCAAUAAAGUAUUCUGAGCAAAAAUGGGAGGAUGAAAAAGAAUUCUUGCAUAAUCAGAACAUUUGGUUGGCUACAGAACUGAAGGCAAAAACAGAUGAACUUCUGGUUCUUGCUUGGGAAAAAAGAAGUGAAAUUGUGGGUCUUCAGUUUGACCUGGAGAACAAGAGAGAAGAAGUGUCCUGCAUGGAAAAGGAAGUCAGUGAACUAAAAAAAUCAAAUGAAAAUCUACAGAAACAGGUGAUAGAUCUUUUAGUAGAAGUGAAGGAGGCAAAAGUACAGCAGCAAGCUAGUAUGGAAGAGAGAUCCCACAAUGAACGAAACAGCCAUUUUGAGUUGUCUAAUUCAUACAAGAGUUUUGCUGAUGAAUGGGAGACAAAAUGCAAAGCAUUAUGUCAAGGUAUACAGGAGCUGUGCAAAUAUCUGAAAGGUGCAAGUGAAGCUAACAAAGAAAUACAGGAUCAUUUGGUUGAGAUGCAACAAUACAUGGGGGGAAAUAAAGGAAAAGAUUCAUGAGCUGGAGGAAGAAUGGGACAAUGUGAAUGAUCUUGUUUCAGUCACCAAAUGUAUAGUGAUCCUCUUUCCAGAGGCUGUGUUUGUUCUAUCCCUCCAAGAGUCUGCAGGCAUUUUUUGAAUCAGAG